GACGAGAGGGGUGGAACAUAAGCUGGACGACUGGAGGCUGGUUCGAAGGACGUGCCUGGGCUCGCUGGAACAAGAGACGCUGGCGGAGGACCUCCAUGGUGGGAGGCUGCUUUGCCGGUGAGGCAAAUGCAUACAUUUCCAGGGCCAUCACCUUGGAAGGGUGCUGUACAUGCGAGGACUCGAGCUCGAUGAGGUACCGGCACAGGGCGAUACACGCCCGAGGUGCUAAUUUCCACACAUUUGCGCACCCAAAGGAUUCGCUUGUGGCGGUCGAUAGCGCGCUCACCGGCAAGGCCUUGGGCGAUCUGCAGGGCGUGCGACUCCUUGCCGUUCUCAAGGAAGAUGUUCCGCAUGGGGCCAGAUUCCCUCAUGAUGAUUAUGCGGAAUUUUCCUGGCGUGGUAUCACGCUUGAAGAAACGCUAGACUUGGGGUACAAUGGAGUUGUCGAAGAACGACAGGAGCUUCGAGAGCUGGCGGGAUCGGCCGUUGUCGACUGCCUUACCCAGCAUCUGGAGAGGCUUCGUUGUUAUGAAGUCCCGAACUCAGUUGAUUCAUGUUGCGAUGAGAACAGCAUCUUGGUCCCUCAGUUCAUAGGGAGUGCGCUCGUCGGUGUGCCUGGCCGAAGACAUAGCUAGUAGGGGAUAGAUUAAAAACUUAUAAAGAAAUGAAAAAUUCUCCUUAGGGAAAGUAUACGAAACAGUUAAUGACAGGUAUUCGAUAUGUAUCUAUACGAGGCUACAAAUGUAUCACUUUGGUGGCACUGUGACGGUGGGAUAAGCGAGUAUCUAAAAGAAAAUUUGCGAGUGUGCGACGGGUGUAGGUGAUACGUUCUUGCAGCGCGUAGUGGGGCAACCGGUUAGGGUUGGGCUGAUCACGAAUCUAUGGAAUGCCAAUCUCGGGCACUGAAGCGGAAGCUGAUCUCCUUGUUGGGCGCCGAAGGAUUAUGGGAAUCCGCCCAGGCAGCAUAUCAGGGAAGCUAGGCUGGCUAGGUCUUACACAACGUUCAAAAUUAAAAUCUAGCGCAGUGCCAUCCCCGUCCCGGGGGCGCGUAG